AUGGCGUUUGAACCGGCGCUAAUCGACUGGCAGCCGACCGAGGACGUGGGAUUUGAGCCGGUCAGAAACGAAACUUUUCCAUUGGACCCUCAUGACCGGGCAGUCACGCCGCCAAUAGGAGCGAGCGAUAUUGUGGAAGUUAAUCUGGAAUUACAUCCCCAGGCGCACCCGGAAAAGGUGUUUCCGAAGGUGGAAGCUGCGAGGAACCUGCGUGUGGUGUGGAAUAAGGAUCUGCUAGUGCAUAUGCUGAAGGGGGCGAAUGAAUCGGUGUGGGGGGAGAGACUCAGGGCCAUGGGCGUGCGAAUUCCAUACGCUUUUGGCUGCUUCGUUCGAUACCUGUUGAGGCCCAAGCCGGAGGUGUGGCACAGGAUGCAGCCGUUUGAGAAGCAGCUGAGGGGCGACAAGGUGGUGAGCAUCGGCAUGCACGUGCGGCACUUCGGCCGCGGGCCCCCCCCACCCAACACCACCGUUAGCCCGGAGGAGGUGAAGCAAGUAAUGGACGACGUCGUGUGGCCCGCCAUUGAGUGCGCCAAGGGACCCCCUCUUCCUGCAAUCCCCUCUGUGCAAACCUUUCAAGAGACAGUCACUGAGUGGCUGCUGCUCUCCUCGUGCAACUCCUUUGUCGUUUCGACAUCCGCCUUUGGCCGUACGGCUGCCAUGUACUCAAUGCACCCUAUGAGCAUCUACACACCGCAGUCGUGUGAGCCUCAGACUCCCGUCCGCGUCAGCAGCUUCGGAGAGGGGUCACAGCGGCAGUUUUAA